AUGGCGUGCUUCCAGGGAGAGGUCCUCCCAGGCCGGCGCGGUCGUGUGACGUCACACCGCGCGACCCGGCCAAGCGCAGCGACGCUGUCCCUGGUACCUGGGCUCUCAGUGGCGAUCGCCACGGUUCCGCGGGUGCAGCUCCCCCCUGAGAUCCAGCUGGCACAGCGCCUGGCGGGGAACGAGCAGGUGACCCGGGACCGGGCGGUGAGGAAGCUCCGGAAAUACAUCGUGGCCAGGACUCAGCGGGCUGCAGGUGGUUUCACUCAUGACGAGCUGCUGAAGGUGUGGAAAGGACUGUUUUAUUGCAUGUGGAUGCAGGACAAGCCACUCCUCCAGGGCUCAGCCGGAUCAUGAGGGCAGUGACUGCCCUGUUGCAAGGUUCUGCUGGCCCCAGCUGUAGAGUGAAGCCCUUCGCAUCAGGGAUGUAGCUUGCAGGCCUCACGCACACUGGGAUGAAGCAGCCAGUGAAGCCUGUCUC